CCUUCCCAGCACCUUCAUGUGUGGGGCUGGGGGAGGGGGGGAUGUAUCUCACCGCUGUAUGUCCCCCCCCCGUGCCCCCCAGCGCUCAGGAGCUGGCGCAGGAGGUGAAGGCUUUCCUGAGCGGGGUGGACCCCGCGCACGGCACGAAGCUGUCGCCGCAGGAGCACGCCCGCUGCGCGCUGCUGCUGCUGCGGAGCCUGCCCCCCGCGCGCCACGCCGCCCUCCAGCACCUCCGCGGCCUCUUCGACGAGCAGGUCUGCGCCCACCUCCUGGCUCGGGAUAAUCCCGGCGCUCCCGGCGCCGGGAACGCCGCUUUGGAAGAGGUGGUGCAAGAAGUACAGCGCGUCUUGGCCGAGUUCGUCAGAGCCAACCCCAAAGCUUGGGCGCCCGUCGUGUCCGCUUGGUCCAUCGAGCUUAUGGGGCAGCUGAGCAGUAAGUACGCCGGGAGGCACGGGGUGCCCCACGCCGCCAGCCUCAACGAGCUGCUGCAGCUCUGGAUGUCCUGCAAAGCCACCCGCACCCUCAUGGACAUCUACACCCAGUGCCUCUCGGCCAUGAUCGGCGGCUGCCCCGACGCCUGCGUGGACGCGCUGCUCGACACGUCGGUGCAGCACUCGCCCCACUUCGACUGGGUCGUGGCUCACAUCGGCUCCUCCUUCCCCAACACCAUCAUCAGCCGCGUCCUCUCCUGCGGCCUCAAGGAUUUCUGCGCCCACGGAGCGGCUCCCGGGGACCUGCUGUUCCCCGGCGCCGGCGCCGACAAGCGGGUGCCCAAAAUCGCCUCCGUGGUGGGUAUCUUGGGCCAUUUGGCUUCGCGCCACUCGGGCAGCAUCAAGCAGGAGCUGCUGCGCAUGUUCCACGAGAGCUUGGGCCCCGCUCGGGACCAGCACCAAAAAGCCACCGUCCCUUUCCUGCUCCAACUCGCCGUCAUGUCCCCGGCGCUGCUCGGCACCGUCUCGGCCGAGCUGGUGGAUUCCCUCAAACCGCCCGUUCUCAACCAGCUCCACCAACACUUCGCGGCGCUUCCCCGCGACGAGCUGGACAACAUGGUGAGCAUCGUGGUGCACCUCAUCUGCCAGACGUCCGCCGGCGCCCACCGCAUCCUGCACUUCCUGGUGAACACGGCCAUGCCGGCCUCCGUCAUCACGGCGCCGGGGCCGCCGCUGCACGACGGCGUGCGCGAAGCCUGCGACCGCGUCGUCCAGCUCCUGCUCCUCAACCUGCAGAAGCUGGUUUAUAACCGGGGCAGCCCCAACGCGGCCGAGGCGCCGCUGCCGCGCCCGGUGCCCUUCUUGGACGCGUUGCGGCCGCACGUGCGGGAGCUGUGCGUGGAGACGCUGCGCUUGGAGCGGAAGCGUUUCCUCUGGCAGCACCAGCUCCUGGCGCUCUUGGCCGUGUACUCGGCGCCGCACUGCGCCACGGACGCCCUCUUCCACCUGCUGACGCUGGCGCGCGCGCCGGACGAGCUGGCUUUGGCCACGCAGCUCUACGCCGUGCUCAGCUCCUGCCUCACCGACCUGCUGCCGGCCACCGUCAAGACCUGCGUGUGCCAAAUCCACGCCGGGCGCCUGCCGGACGCGCAGGUGGCUCAGCUCUUCCGCAACUUGGCCUCGGUGGUGCAGGGGGACACCGGGGACGGGGGCCCGGCCAUGGGGACGCAGCUCGGCGCCGUCCUGGCGCGGCACCUCCACGACCUGGGGCAGCUCUUGCUGCACCGCGACGGCGACGUGGCCGAGGCCGCGUGUCUGCUGCUGUCGGUGCUGCCGCUGCCGCGCGCCCCGGCGCCGGCGCAGCUGCUGGGCACCGUGCGAGCCGCUUCGCACCAGUUCUUCUUGGUUCUGCGGCGCCAAAACGCCGCCAACCUGGGCUGCAGCUCCCGCUUGCUGGCCCGCCUCAGCGCCGUGUCGCCGGCGGCCGCCAAGGCCGUGCUGCAGCAGUUGGUGGAGGGAGCGUUGCGGCGCGGCAACGCCGAGCUCUUCGGUGCGUGCCCGGAGAAAACCAACCCGCCGGAGGAGAACGGCGCCGGCGGCGCCGGCGUCUCCUUGCUGGACACCAACCGGCGCUUCACGGCCGCCGUCAACUUCUCCGGCGGCGUGUGGUCCGUGUUCCACGCCGGCGUCAUCGGCCGCGGGCUGAAGGCGCCGCCGGGGCGCGGCGAGCGCCCGCCCGAGGAGUUGGCCAACAACAUCCAAACCUUCCUGAGCCUCCUCCUGCGCUGCAGCCGCGGCGCCCGCCCGGGGGAAAGCUCCGGCGGGAUCCACCCCGAAGCCGCCAAAGCCGUGGCGGCCGCGCUGGUGGAGAACGUGUGCCCGGAGGCGGCGGGCGCGGAGCUGACGUGGCCGCCCGAGGAACAAGCCCGCGGGACGGUGGAACGAGACCUGCGCAUCUGCCGCCGCUUCCGGGAUCACCCGUUGCUCUUCCCCUUGCUGCGGCUGGUGGCGGCGGGGCGGCCGGCGCUGUGCUACUGCUCCGUGCUGCUCCGCGGGCUCCUGGCCAGCCUCAUGGCGCACUGGGAAGCGUGUCGGGAUAACGGGACCGCGGGCUCGCCCUGGCACCUGCAGGCUUCGUGCGCGCUGGUGGCCGCCAUGGCCGAGGGGUCGCUGCUGCCGCCCGUGCUGGGCAACAUGCACGAGCUCUUCCCGCACCUCGCGCCCUUCGAGGUGCAUCUCCUGCUGCUCAGCCUUUGGGAAUACCUGCGGGAGAACAGCCCCCUCCCGCAGAAAUUCACCUUCCAGCCCGAGCGCGGGCUCUUCCGACGGGAUUUCUCCCGGGAUGGGGAUGUCGGGAAGCACUUGGCCGUGCUGCACAGCGUCCUGCACAAGAACAUCCACCGCUUGGGGCUCCUGGCCGGGCGGUUCUGCCCCUAAACACACCCCCGCUAGAACCACCCCCCCCUCGGUUUGGGGGUUCAGCCCAUUCCCAAUCCGUUUUCCGAAUAAAAGGGAGCAGAAAGAA